GCCAUUUGCAACUUUCGUACGGACACGGACUGACAGACUCCGCAAUCGUCCGCAUUUGCAGCUGAUCGUCUAUACUGCUUUGUCAUGGGUAAUAAAGAAGAGUACGUUUCAGUGGUUUGUGAUUGAUAUUCAGUGGUUUAAUCGCGGAAACACAUUUUCGUCCACUCUGAGCUGAGCUUCUGACUCAUUUUACUUGCGUAAUAUAUUACAUCUGUAAAAACAAGAGCGUACAUAUAUGCAAUUAUGAAGCCGUUCGUUGAAGCAGACUACUGUUUCUGUCGACUGAAGGAAACAGCACGCUGCGUAACAGGCAAAGAGUGCUCAUAUACUCCACGCUUGAAGAAUUUCAAUUUGGAGAAAUUGCGUCUAGAUUUGUGGAAAUAUUUUGAGAUUCCAAAGGAUAGGCACAUUUUUUAUGUCGAUGAAGACACUGACGUUAUUCCUAUUGAGUCAGAAGGCGAAUUUCAUGAAAUGUUUAAGCUCGCGAAAGAUAGCACAAUAGAGAAACCAAUUCACUUGAUCGUGGGUCCUUACAACGGUCGUGUGUCCAAAUUAAGGGAAGUGGAUGAUUCUAGCGAUGAUCAGAAAAGGGACAUUGAUAGCAGUUCAUCGUGUCUAGAGUCAACUUCUAAACUCGGGCAGAGACGCUGGAAACCACUAAACCUAAUGAAAAAAUGGGAUAGAAAGCGACAUAAAUCAAACGAGGAGCAGAAAGAAUUGAAGGACAUGGAAGCUCCAAAAAUGGAUGCGUCGUUGUGCGGAAUACAUUCAGAUAUGCCUCCUCCAUGGUUCACGAAAUAUAUGGAUUCGAUGAAGGAAGAGAUGAUUUCUACAAUCAGUCAGCGAGUGAUUAAUUGUGUAAUGGAAGCGUUGAAUGAUGAUUUUUCUCCACCUCUCCCACCUAAGAAGUUAGAAGAAACGUUGAACGAUGAUUUUCCUCCACCUCUCCCACCUAGGAAGUUGCCAGCACAUCUCUAUCAAUCGAAACCCCGAUCAAUCGUUUCCCCGAGACGAUAUUCUGAUUACUGCAAUUUGAGCGACAUGAAGCGAGAAAGGAAGGUGAUGCAUCAAGAUGAGGAGCAGUCGAGUGAUGAGAGUGAUGAUUCGAUUGAGUGCGUGGAUGAGCCACAAGAUGCACCGGAGGAUCUGCGAGUGAAGAAAGAUGUGCGAUCGAUAGUUAGACACGAAACGGUAAAAGAGAUGACGGAAGUGCCAAACAAAACUUCCCGAGACCGUCCUGUGCACGCCCCAUUUAAGAGAUUCAUUUAUUACGAAGACCGGUCGCAUCUUCCUUUCCCGAAGCGAUUUUCCCGCUACUCCUUUGAGUCGCGGGACUUGAACGAGAAGAGUCAGGAGAAGAUGAGAUGUCGGGAUGCGGAGCAAUUGAGCGACGAUGCUCGAACCAAGCGUAUGGAUGAGUCACAGAACGUAAACAGCGCGCGGAGCUCACGAUCGCUGCAGGAGAGAAUAGACCUUCUUCAGGAUGCAAUUUGCGACUUUGCAAACGCGAACGUGAAGGAGAAGAAGAAGAAAAAGAGGAAUUUUCAUCAACUGACCACUAAAAAUAUGGACACUGAUACCUGUAAAGGACAACAGCUGUGCAGCAGAAAAACCGAAUUUGCUUCACCGCCUUUACAAGCGAAUCAAGCACCAUACGACGAACGACUUCACUUGGAGGCGCUGAAACUGCUCGAGAAUGAGCUCCGUAUGAGCUGCUCCGUUACCGGUCACCAAAUGUUGGACGAGGAUCGCCGCAACAAGAACAUCUGGAGUUACAACGACCUACACAUUGACAGCAGUGUGUACGAUUCAUCAGAAGUGGAUGAUGAUGCCUUCGAGAUCAUCCAGGUGUCUACGUCUAAAGACAUGAAUGAAACGCACCCUGAGGAAUCCCUCACCGAGCAGCAGCAGCAUCAACAACAGCAUGAUAGCAGUCGGGACUCGCCCAGUUUUGAGCUGCUGUCGGAGCUACCCUCACCGACUUCUACAUGCAUGAACGAGGACCUCUUGCUGAACAAGGAAACCGAAGAGAGACCUGAACCAGAGGAGAAGCCCGAGUCAAUGGAAAAACUCGAAUCGAAGGAAAAAAUCGAGCAGCAGUUUGAGAAUCCGGAUCCGAGGCUUGUGUACAUGCUGAACACCAAAGGUAAAAUCCGUCAGUACUACUGUAAGAAAGAUAUUUCCCAUCGUGCGACGAAAGCCGCGCCGGUAGUGGACGCUCAGUGCUCAGAAUUACUGCACGAUGGCACGACGAGCAGCUCAUACGGCGAUGUGAAAAACUCGCACCCGAGCUACAUGCCCGUGAGUCAGUGCAGGAUGCCGCAGUCGCAGCGUAGUUGCCAGUCGCAGAUAGACUUGAUCGAUUUCACGCAGAGCUUCCAUUCGCACACCACAUCGGUCACAACUGACAUAACCGACGCGAUUGACAUGGCCGAGGUCUACGUGGACGCCUGCGACAACGGGAGAUGUGGUGAGCAGCAGGUGCCGACUGUGUCAAAGAACGUGCAAGAAAUGACUGAGACGGCGACAGCAAGAAUUGAAACAGACCCGACAGUGGCGAGUUCGAGAAACGAGUUAGAAGAUGAGUGGAUGAAGAAAUUGAAGGAGAAGUAUUACUGUGAUGUAAAUGGCGAUUCGUCCCCCACGCCGGACGCUUCUGCAGCUGCUUCGCAACAGUUCUGUCGGGCGAACGGAUUUUCUGAUAAACCAAUGUUCAACGGACGGUUGCAGGGAAGAUGUAUCGUCGAACCUGACGCUCUCGACGCUGGUGAGCCUGUUCAAAGCCUUCCGCAAACGCUGGUCACCGCGGCUGCGACCGCUGCGCACGUCGGCACGUUUGCUUACGUCACUGCAUGCGAGUUUUUUGACAGAGUGCGAACACACGCGAGGGAGAAUGCUGAGCGCAGAGAACACAAGGUACGACAAUAGAGAGCCGUCGAGCAACUCGUUUCAAUGAAUUAAUAAUUGUACUCUUUCAUUUAUAAUUGAUAUAUAUAUACAUACAUAUAUAUCAUAUGCAUAAGAUUUCUUUGCAAAAUGCAGGUCCGUCAGAUUACGGGUAAACAUCCUAUAUUGGAUCGGGACGUCGAAUUCCCGAGCGCGAAAUUAUUUUAGCUUAAGCACGCUGAAAUUUGAAUGUACGUCCGAAUUUACAAUCGGACUUUCGUAGUUUCACGCAGGGAAUAAAAUCGAAUUUCGUACGCCUAUAAGUGUUAAUUGACUAAAGACGGUUACGAGAGACGUCAGAUAUCAGGAUGUCUCAUUGUUGACAGAUGAAGUGUUAAUCUGAAGACUGACUCAAUAGCGCAAUAAGUGUGAAAGGGAUGGUGAGAACUCUGAGACAUCCUGUAUAUACCUAAGUCAUCUGUAAUGUAAGUUUUUUUUAGUUACUCAACACAUUCACCGCCGUGACAGACGAACAUGCAAUAAAUGUUUUAAGACACAUGUAUAAUUAUGUACAUUAUUUUUAUCUUUGGACAUAUUAAUCUUGAUAAAUCUUAACGAUGAAUCUUAAAAAUCCAAUUGGCAUAAACGGAAAGUCGGCUAAAUUACGCGUGGCAGUGAAUAUGUUAAUCGCACGCGAUAGAUACAAUUACGAAAUUAUUUUGACAACGAACUAAGGUGUUUGUUGCGUACCAUAUUCUAUCUAUCGUGUGAAACUAGAAGAUAUUAUGAUAAUACUCAUAAGCAUGGAAUUAUAUAUCUCUAAUGGUUUCCGUUAUAUCACAAAGUAUCGAAAAUUGAAUUUAGCUGUUUAGAUAUAAGCCGGAAUUUCGUUAUAUCAAAUAGAAAAAAAUGAAGAGAGAGAGACGGAGACGGAGGCGCAGAAAGAAACAGAAAUGACGUAGCGACGGCAUAUAGAUUGCGAUGCAUGCCAAAUUUAUGGGCUAAAAUCAAGGGAUCAGAAAUAAUCAGAAAUUCUUUGAUUCAAUUACUUCUCUAAGAGAUAUCAGACGAGACAUUUCUUUAAAACUUUAAAUCUUUCGCGAAUAUCUCGAUAUAUCUUGUAAUAAAUCUCGAUAUUUCGAGAUAUAUAUAUACGCAUAUAUAUGCAUGUAUCCAUAUCGCGAUAUAUUCGAAGAUCAGGGAAGAUUCUUUAUUGCAAACCUUCCUAUGAUUAAUGUUAGAGAUUAGAAGCAGGUUUACUAUAGAUGGGCGUCAAUUGCGCUUGUUACGGCUGUGUUCUUCAUGCAGUUACCGCGAAGAAAUACUUAUUACUCGAAGCUGGAUGCCGUUGGUUUACGCAGACAAUUUUGCGAGCGCGCCUAAGUAGGGUUGUGAUUAAAAGUCUGCUAAGCGCACCGUUUUACAUAUCGGUGCAAGAAAGUUGCUCGUUGGCAACCUUCUUGAUCGAGAGGACUUAACGGGUCUUCGGCGGUAAGAACGAUACCGGGUACUUAUUCGACUUACUGCACUCUCGAGAUACUAUUGCACAGCACGUAUAUUGUUAUAUUGUGCUAGAGCUUGUGGUAAUUUAGCUGGAUUUAUAGAAAUAAAUGUUAGACAUAAACGA